AAAAGGCACGUGCUUAAUCGGUAGCUAGAUGUACAGCAUGCGGAGAUGCAUGUUUGCGCAUCAUUGAGCAGCCGCGCGGGCUCACAACCAGCGAAAACAGGGCAAAAAAAGGCAGUGCACCAAAAACAACAGAAAACAGGAUCCUCAGAUCCAGGAUGGCACACACAAUGAACCAGCUCAACCAGCUCACGCAGCUCGCGCACAGCCAGCUGGGGCCUGUGCUUCUCGGCCAGGGGCUGCUUUCUUUGGCGUCGUCGCUCUCCGGCAGCUCCGGCAUCAGCAGCACCAUGGGUCCUGUCCAGGAGGGCUCCACUUCCACUCAGAACGUCAGCAUCGUCAAGAUCGUCGACAACGAAAAGAUCUGGAUGAAGCCUCGCAGAGACCUCUUCUCCAAUCUCAUCAGAAAGAAGCUUCUUCUAGGCAUCGACAAUGAAGGCAACGGCUUGCUCAGCAAAAAGAGCAUCAGAAGCUCAGGCUAUCAGGAAAUCGCCAACGAGUUGAACUACAGGUUCAACUGCAAGGACUUUGACAAGACAAAGGUCCAGAACUUCUAUGCCGACACCAAAAAACACUUCAGGUUGUACCUCAAGGCCAGGUCCUUGCCCAUGUCAAGAAUUGUCGAUGGAAACAACGACACGCUUGAUGAAUCCAACAUGAAAUGGAUAUGGCUACCAAAUCUGGUUUGGGAUGAAUUGGCAAUCGACUAUCCACGAAUAAGAUCUCUUAGAAACAAAGACAUUUGGUAUCUCGAUAACUUGUCUCCAAUUCUCAUGAGUCACAAAUUGCAAACCUCCCACAGAAAGAGAAAAUCUUCCAUCAGCAUCAGCAGCAGCACUCCUAAUCCCAGCAUCGUCAACAGCAACCCCAGCGGUCACCAGAACAUCAAUUCUGUCAAUAACAUCAGUAACAUCGACUCUGCUGUUUCAACUAUCGAUAUCAACCUUCACUCUUCGCCCAUUGAUAGCCCCCUCGCUAAAGAUCGCUUGAAUUCCAAAUCAAAAAAACAGAAGACCAACACCUUCACCAGUCUUGCAUCCAUCAACAACACACCUCCCAGCAAUGCCAACAACAACAACAGCGACCAAAACACCAGGAAAUCAGAACUAGAAGACUUGUUCAAAUGGCACAAGUCCCAGAAAAACGACAAGCAGAUCCAGCAGAUUAUCGAACGACUAAACCAAUUGGAGGAAAACAACUUCAUCUCAGAUCAAAUCCUCUCCUACUUUUUGACUGAAAUCAAAGAAGACAUCCUACUUUCUUUGUUCAAAAACAAGCUAAAGCUCAGCAACAAAAACCUCGCCGCCAUAGCCAGAAAAAUCUACCAAAACCAAAGCUCGUAGCUCAUAUAUAUCGCUAUAUAUUUCUCUUUCAUUUCUCUCAUUUCUCUCAUUUCUCUCAUUUCUCUCAUUUCUCUCAUUUCUCUCAUUUCUCUUUCAUUUCUCUUACAUAUCUCUCAUCUCUCAUCUCUCAUCUCACCCACCUCCACGCCCUCCAUUCGGCUCCGCC